AUGGACGUCUCCCAUGUCAGUCUGGCGGUGACUGGCCUUGCAGUUGGUUGGUGGGUCAGCUCCGGACAAUCAUCUAAAUCUGAGCCUUUUACUUGCCAGUGUCAUUGUCUGGGAAGUGUCUCGUCGGAUCGCAGCGACUCUGGCAAUAGCUGGGUUUGGGUGGCGCUCGUUCUGGUGUUGACCUUGCUCUUCACGAACUUGGCCUUAGUCUUCAAGAUCACAUAUCAGAACUCUGAGACUGGUGAUCGCGAGCUUUCCGUCUCGCUAAAAGGGAUGAAUGCUGGCGACGUGGUUUAUGUUCUCUACCAUGGCGAUCCAGGUGUCUACCAUACCAGACUUCUAGCUGCUGAUCUCGGCGAUGAUGAAUGGAUGAUUGUCACUCCAGACCGGCAUAUAUACGCCGAGCUUUAUGCUGCGGAUAAUCCCGACAUCCGGCGGUUCUUUCACGCCCCAGACGGGCGGAUCCCGGGUCAGAUCCCAGUGGCACAAGUGUACUCCUUCGCCCCGAUGGAUGCUCGUCAAUUUGGCGACCUGUUGAGGGCCUGUCGUCAAGAGGCGGAGGCUGAGAUGGCUAGGAGGGGCCUCGCCCCGCCUGCGGCGGCACCAGUGGCGGUACAGCCCGCAGCACCCCCUAAUGCGGCUCAAGCCCCCCCAGCAGUUCCCGUUCCAGGAGGGCCUACCACUUGGGUCGCUAUGGAGGACGUGGGUCCUCAUCGACGGGGUGAUGUCUUGGCGGUGGAUCCAGGGCCUCUCCCAGCAGGUCAUAUCGUCCUUGGUGAUCGAGCCUUGAUUCCGGUUGGCAACCUCACCCUGACAGCGAUGAAGGUUGCCGCAGAUGGGGUGGCGGCAGUGCAUUUCGACGAUCUCCGGGUGCUGCCUGUUCGGUUCGAUGCUCAGGGUCUCCGCCGCAGAGAGUUCAAUGCAGCCGUGGCUUUGCUGAGAGACGAUACCCCUCAAGGAGGUGGAUUGCAACUUCAGGGCCCUGCUUCACUCCUGAAUAUCUUGAAGAUGCUCCGUGAUCAGAACUUCACUCCGACUACCUUUCAUGAAUUUUGGGUGAGGUCUUCAGAGCUUGGGAAAGGUGACCGUUCGGUGUUUGAGCAUGAGUGCCUCUCCCGCAUCCUAGAGUCUAUGAUUACGGUGGAUCAGAUGAAUGUUCCUUGUCUUCAAUCUGCGGAGCUGCUGUGCCGACGGAUGCAGGUGAUACGGGAGGCUCAUCGGAUAUCUCCUUCAGCACCGGACUAUUCCGCUGCCGAUAUCUUUAUGGGCUGGAAAUACAGGCGCUCGGGUCAGGGAGUCGACUUAGGUUUGGCUGCUCAUGUCGCGAGCGAGCUAAAAAAUGAGGCCGCGAUCGCCAAAGAGGCUCGAAAGGCCCGUGAGGAGGCCAAUCUGCGCCGCCAGAACCCUCGGAAGCCCGGUAAGGGUGCAGAAGGGGAUGGCGGCGGGAAGGGAGGAUGA